GAUGGAGGGUCUCCGCUCGCCUGCCCAGUGCGUGGCAGGGGGCGUCUCCCCGGAGGGCGCGAUGCCCCGGGCUCGGGCGCUGAAGGGCAAAGCCAGCGCCAGCUGCCGGCGCAAGCGGGAGUUCAUCUCGGACGAGAAGAAGGACGCCAGCUACUGGGAGAAGCGCCGGAAGAACAACGAGGCGGCCAAGCGCUCGCGGGAGAAGCGGCGCUUCAACGACCUGGUGCUGGAGAGCCGGGUGCUGGCGCUCAACGAGGAGAACCUGCGCCUCAAGACGGAGCUGCUCCAGCUCAAGCUGCGCUUCGGGCUCCUCAGCACCGCCGCCUUCGUGGAGAAGAGCCAGCAGCUCAGCGCCGCCAGCCGGGAGCGCUGCGGGGGCAGCAGCGGCUACUCCAGCGCCUCCUCCCGGGCCCAGCACUCGGAGGACUCGUCCGAGACGGAGCAGCCUGGCCGGGACGCCGCCGGAGCCAAAUACUCGCCGCGGGGCUCCCUCUCCGACAUGUCCGACGGCUCCUCCCGGGACAGCCCGCUGCCGCGGACGCCGGGGGAGGCGCAGGCCGUGAGCCGGGCCCGGGGGGAUGACGGGGCGCUGCGCCCCCCCGACCCCCAGGCCCCGGCCUCCCGGGGCGUCAUCCUCUUCAGCGCCAAUGGCUUCACCGCGGUGGAGCCGCCCCGAGCCUGGGGGGUGCCGGAGCAGGGGGACGGGGCAGAGGAGGAAGAAGAGGAGAAGGCCCUGGGGAGCUAUGCCCAGCAGAUACCCGGGGGUCGCCAUGGCGACUGUGAGGCCUAUUGCCAGCAGGGGGAGCUGCAGGGCCCCCCCGAGCCGUAUGGCUGCCCACGGGCUGAGGGCUACGGCGCCCCUGCUGGCUUCCUUGGGGAGGAGGCGGCGCGGGAGGCCAGGCCGGAGCCCAUGGAGAUGGUGGUUGAGCUGAGUUCCCCCUUCGCAGGUUACUCCAGCGAGGAGAGUGGGGAGGAGCCCGGCUGGGGGUGCCCGCCCGCCCCCUACCCGCCUGCCCCAGACGUCAAGCUGGCUGCUCUGCCCCACAAGCUGCGCCUCAAGUGCCGGGCCCACAGCAGCGGUGGCCAGGACCUGGGCCCUGAGCCUGGCGCCACCGGCUGCCAGCAGGAGGCGCCAGCUGACUGGGAGAGCGAGAGGCACGAGGAGAUGGCGGCCCUGGUGCGGCAGGCACUGCUCCUCAACGGGCACCCCCCUGCCGCCGGCACCCUGGACAGACUCCUCUACUGCAGCCCCCUGCCCCCCUCAAACAGGCUGGAGUCCGGGGACUUCGCCGGCGGGUGGAGGGGCAGUUGCCACAAUGAGGGUGCCAGGCCCAUAUGAGCGGUGCCCUCUAGCAGGGCACGGCCCUUGAACAGCGACUGCCUGGGCAGGUGACGUGGACAAAGCCAACACUGUCUGUCCUGCUGGGCCCGGAGAUCUGCCCGGCUGGGAUCUGGUGAGCAGAGAGAUCCCUGUUCUGCUGGGCCCGGGGAUCUGCCCGGCUGGGAUCUGGUGAGCAGAGAGAUCCCUGUUCUGCUGGGCCCGGGGAUCUGCCCGGCUGGGAUCCGGUGAGAAGCGAAAUCCCCGUCCUGCUAGGCCUGGGGAUCUGGAGAGCAGCAGGUUCCACUUGGCUGAGCUCACAGAUUUGGGAACUGUCAGACGGUUCCCACCAAGCUGAGGUCUGAGCCCCAUGUGCUGGGUGGGGCUGGCCUUGCAGGGGGAGGACCAAGCGGGAUCUCCUCAUCCCCCACACCCCCUUGGCUUUGGAGCCCCCAGGAUGGGACAGCGGGGUGCAGCCAGGGCCUGGGGCCAGCAGCCUCCCUCGCGCUGAGACUGUCUCACCAGCAACGCCGCCAGCCAGCUGUGUUGAUGCCACUGGGAUUCAGGGGGGUGGGGGUGGGGGAUUUUCUGAGUCGGGAAACAUUUGAUGAAAAUAAAACUGUAUCUUUAAAAAAAAAA